AUGAGGACAACUCAUCAACCGGAUCAUGAUGUCGGAACUCUGGAUGUUGGAGAGCCGAUGCCUGGAAACAAGAUCAUGAUGCUUGAUGAGGAUAUGGAUGAGCUGGAGGCUACUAUGAACCUCACCAAUGCCAGGCCUGUAACCGGGCAUAGGAAUGUUGAACUGAUAAUUUUAUAG